UCCACCAUGCACGCAGGAGCACAGGCGACGCCGCGAGGGGAGCGCACGAACGACACAAGCGCCACCAUUCAGCGGCUGCUCUUCACGCCUGCGGCUUCGCAGAGAUAUCCACUCGUCGCCUCUUCCUCCUCCUCAUCCUCCUCCUCCUCUCCUCCUCUUCUUCGUCCCAGAGUCUCCUCCUCAUCCAAUUCUUCCGCCCUUGCCGGACCGCUGGCUGCGAGCUGCUAACGAAUUGGAAGGCUUCCCAAGCACGCUCCCUCCUCCUCAGUAUCCUUCUCCUUCGUCCUGAACGCCACACAACCACCACCACAACCACCACCACCACCACGACUACUACUACUACUACAUGGCUGCGCUUGGACACACGGCCGUGAGCGCAGCGGUGUUGUUUGGGCGUGAAUGACUCGCAGGGGUUGUUAGCCUCACCCCAUCACCACCACCAGCAGUACUUGCACCAGCCGUGCAAUCUCUACAGCCGCAAAGUCCCACAACUGUGAUAUCUUGAACCCUCCCCAUCUCCUUGUAGUAAUAAUAAUAAUCAUCAACAUCAUCAUCAUCAGCAGCAGCAUCAUCAUCAGCAGCAGCAUCAUCAUCAUCAGCAGCAGCAGCAGCAGCAGCAGCAUCAUCAUCAGCAGCAGCAUCAUCAUCAUCAGCAGCAGCAGCACUGGCUACAAAGAACCGCUCAGGAUGAGCCGCCGUCCCUUCCCAGCCCGUCGGAUACGGUUCAAUUCCGGACUGCGAGUGUUGGUGUGGCUGUUCUGCAGCGGGCUGUCCGUGGCUAUGCCGCACGUUCUGAGAAUAGGCGGAAUCUUUGAGACGGUGGAGGGAGGCCCCGCGAGCGCCGAGGAGAUCGCCUUCAAGUUCGCCGUGAACAGCAUCAACAGGAACCGGACGCUGCUGCCCAACACCACGCUCACGUACGACAUCCAGAGGAUUAACAUCUACGACAGCUUUGAAGCCUCGCGCAAAGCAUGCGACCAGCUGUCCCUGGGGGUGGCCGCCAUCUUCGGACCUUCUCACUCGGCGUCGGCGAGCUCCGUGCAGUCGAUCGCCAACGCGCUCGAGGUGCCCCACAUCCAGACGCAGUGGAAGCCGCAGCCGUCGAGCAGCCGGGACACGUUCUUCGUGAACCUGUACCCCGACUACGCGUCCGUGAGCCGCGCCGUGCUCGACCUGGUGCAGUCCUACAAGUGGAAGAGCGUCACGGUGGUGUACGAGGACAGCACGGGCCUCAUUCGACUCCAGGAGUUGAUCAAGGCGCCGUCGCAGCUCAACCUGAAACUGAAAAUUCGCCAGCUCCCGCCGGACACGCGUGACACCAAGCCGCUGCUGAAGGAGAUGAAACGAGGCCGCGAGUUUUAUCUCAUCUUUGACUGCGGCCACGAGACGGCGGCUGAGAUCCUGCGACAGGCUAUGGCAAUGGGAAUGAUGACGGAGUAUUACCACUACAUAUUCACCACCCUGGACCUGUUUGCCCUGCAUCUCGACAACUACCGCUACAGCGGAGUCAACAUGACGGGCUUCCGCCUCAUGAGCCUUGACGACUCCCGUGUCUCCUCCGUCAUGGAGCGCUGGACCAUGGAGCGCCUCGCUCCCACGCGGCCCGAGUCCGGCCUCGUGCACGGGGUCAUGACGACCGACGCUGCCCUCAUGUACGACGCGGUGCACGUGGUCUCGCUGGCCUCCCAGCGCUCCACGCAGAUGACCGUCAGCUCCCUGCAGUGUCACCGACACAAGCCUUGGAGGUUCGGCGCUCGCUACAUGCAGGCCAUCAAGGAGGCUCAGUGGGAUGGCAUCACCGGCCGGAUUGCAUUCAACCAGAGCAACGGACUGCGCACAGACUUCGACCUGGACGUGAUCAGCCUGAAGGAGGAAGGGCUGGAGAAGGCGAUUAGUGAGGUGGUGCAAGGGCCUCAUAAAACAGUUUGGACGAAGAUAGGCACGUGGGACACGGUCACGGGACUGAAGAUGCUUGAGGCCAACAAGGACAAGUCCGUCAACGUGACGGACUCGCUGUCCAACCGGACUCUCAUUGUCACCACGAUACUGGAAGGGCCGUACACCAUGUUCAGGAAGUUGCACAGAACUCUUCGUGGCAACGAGCGCUUCGAGGGCUACUGCAUGGACCUGCUCAGGGAGCUCUCCAAAAUCCUGGGCUUCACCUACGAGGUCAAGCUGGUGGACGACGAGAAAUACGGCUCGCAGGACGAGAACGGCCAGUGGAACGGGAUGGUGCGCGAGCUUGUUGAUCACAAAGCUGACCUGGCUGUUGCACCCCUCACCAUUAACUACAUGCGGGAGAAGGCCAUCGAUUUCUCCAAGCCAUUUAUGACGCUGGGAAUCAGCAUUUUGUACCGCAAGCCCAACGGAACCAACCCAGGAAUAUUUUCAUUUCUCAAUCCCCUCUCACCCGACAUCUGGAUGUAUAUUCUGUUGGCUUACUUGGGCGUCAGUUGUGUGCUGUUUGUCAUUGCAAGGUUCAGUCCGUACGAGUGGUACAACCCCCACCCGUGCAACCCGGACUCGGACGUGGUGGAGAAUAACUUCACGAUGCUCAACAGCUUCUGGUUCGGAGUGGGAGCCCUCAUGCAGCAAGGUUCGGAGUUGAUGCCCAAGGCCCUGUCGACGCGCAUUGUGGGCGGCAUCUGGUGGUUCUUCACCCUCAUCAUCAUCUCGUCCUACACGGCCAACCUGGCCGCCUUCCUCACCGUCGAGCGCAUGGAGUCGCCCAUCAGCUCCGCCGACGACCUCGCCAAGCAGACGCGCAUCGAGUACGGGGCCGUGCGUGACGGAUCCACCAUGACCUUCUUCAAGAAAUCCAAGAUCUCGACGUACGAGAAGAUGUGGGCCUUCAUGAGCAGCCGCCAGACGGCGCUCAUGAAGAACAACGAAGAGGGCAUCCAGCGCGUCCUCACCACGGACUACGCGAUGCUCAUGGAGUCGACCAACAUCGAGUACGUGACUCAGCGCAACUGCAAUCUCACGCAGAUCGGCGGACUCAUCGACAACAAGGGCUACGGCAUCGGCACGCCACUGGGCUCCCCGUACCGGGACAAGAUCACCAUCGCCAUCCUGCAGCUGCAGGAAGAGGGCAAGCUGCACAUGAUGAAGGAGAAGUGGUGGCGUGGCAAUGGCUGCCCCGAGGAAGACAGCAAUGAGGCGAGCGCUCUGGGCGUGCAGAACAUCGGCGGCAUCUUCAUCGUGCUCGCCGCCGGUCUCGUCCUCUCCGUCUUCGUCGCCAUCGGGGAGUUCGUCUACAAGGCGCGGAGGAAUGCCAAGAUCGAGAAGCAGAGUGAAGCGGAGGGUCCCGGUGCUCAUCCGCGUCGAGGACUCGCUCAACAUGCACACCUUCAACGACCGCCGGCUGCCGGGGAAAGAGACGAUGGCGUGACUCGGCACGGCGGGAUGGCGAGGCCGGCGAGCGGUGACGGCCGUUUGCCGACGUCGACCGACCUCUCUCCCCGCAGCAGCAGCAGCAGCAGCGGCGGCGACGGCUCCGUCUCGGCCUCGACCUCGUCCACACACUCUGGCACCGAGCCUCCUCCGCAUCGGAUUUUCUGUGAAAACGUUGCGUCCGCCACCUGCCCCCGCCCGAAGGGUUUCGAUCUCGGAGCGAUGCCCCCGGUGAGCCCGUGUAGAUAGAGGGACUGCGGCGAUGACGACGACGACGAUGGUGGCAGCGGUGGCGUCGACUGGAACUUGGCAUUGUCGAGGACGUUUUUGAGUGUGAAAUGAAGCAAAGUGAAGCGGAUGGAACAACAGCAGCAGCAGCGGACAUGCUAAAUGAACACUUAAAGGAAUUUACUUUAAAAACAAGAAAUCACUCACGUAACAAACUUAAACAAAAUAAGGACAUGUUUGUGGUUGUAGUUAUUGUUUGACGAAAAUGCUUCUUUAGUUUUGUUAUGUUUUUUUUUGUUCUUCUUUGCAAGUGAAAACAAAUUCAUUUUAGGUACAGUAGUUGCGUUCUGAACACUGCUCGUUUGUUUAAAAUACAACGUUGAGUGAGAAUGUCCGAUGGUGAAAAUGAUGAACUGUUCAUUCAUUGGUAUACAUACACUCUGCUUGCUACAAUAAGUUUGUUAUUACCGUUAUUAUUGCUACUAUGAUGAUAAUGUUGUUAUUGCACCCGAGAUGAAUUACCCAUGGUAUUUUGUUCCAACAUGGAUUGUAAGAGUUUUAUUUAAGAGCACUAUAUUACACUAUAUUUAUAUGGUUGAGUGGCGGUCAAAUGAUUUUUGAGAAUGGGGGCAUUUAUUGAAAAAAGUCACAACCUAAUGUCGGACCUUGUUCCAAAGUCCUUCUCUAUGUGGUAAUCAUGUGGUGGAAUAAGUGCGUCGAUGUUGGGUGGCUACACUAUUAAAACAGAAUUAGUGAGUCGGUGCUUCUGAUUAAUUUACCAUUCUAAAACAGUUUUCGCUAUCUUUUCGUAUUAUGUAUAUGGAAAAAAAAAAUCCGAAUUUUUUUGAAUGUGUGUUAUCCAUCUCAUCGAGUUGUCGCUACGAUUUUUUUUCGUGGUGUUAUUUUUUUUUGUCUGUUGGAACUAAAAUAUUUCUCCCGUUAUGGUUAAUAGACCGUUAAAAACCCAUUUUACGCUCAUUAUGACAGGAAUGACGAUUGUUUUAAAACGAAGGAAGACAUCGCUUGGUUAUUUGCAUCCUAAUUUGAAGCAGAGUUGUGUUAAUGGAACUGUGGGAUGGCAAUAACGCUUGACGUGCCACGCGCAUACGAACGAGAGCAGGGGGGGGGGGAAAUCUAUCUUUUAAAUGUUGCCCGGUCGUAGGGAAAACAGAUUUGGGACAGAAAAUCCUGUCGGUGAUUUUGGCUGGAAAAUUUUACGCUGAUUUGGGAUGGAAAAUCCUGAUGGUGAUUUGGGAUGGAAAAUCCUGACGCUGAUUUGGGAUGGAAAAUCACGUUAGUCACGUUCGUGAUUUUGGCUGGAGAAUUUUUACGCUGAUUUGGGAUGGAAAAUCCUGAUGGUGAUUUGGGAUGGAAAAUCCCGUCGGUGAUUUUGGCUGGACAAUUUUACGCUGAUUUGGGAUGGAAAAUCCUGAUGGUGAUUUGGGAUGGAAAAUUCUGACGCUGAUUUGGGAUGGAAAAUUCUGACGCUGAUUUGAGAUAGAAAAUCACGUUAUCACCAGCCAAAAUCACUGACGUGAUUUUCCAUCGUGAUUCUGGCUGGAUAAAUUUAACGCUGAUUUGGGAUGGAAAAUCCUGAUGGUGAUUUGGGAUGGAAAAUCCUAUCGGUGAUUUUGGCUGGACAAUUUUACGCUGAUUUGGGAUGGAAAAUCCUGAUGGUGAUUUGGGAUGGAAAAUCCUGACGCUGAUUUGGGAUGGAAAAUCACGUCAUCACCAGCCAAAAUCACUAACGUGAUUUUCCAUCGUGAUUCUAGCUGGAGAAAUUUAACGCUGAUUUGGGAUGGAAAAUCCUGAAGGUGAUUUGGGAUGGAAAAUACUGUCGGUGAUUUUGGCUGGAAACAUUCUGACAGUCGUUUGGGAUGGAGAAUGCUGAAAGUGAUUUUUGGAUGGUAAAAAUUCUGAAGGUGAUUUGGGAUGGAAAAUCCUGUUGGUGAUUUAUUGGUGCAUCAGCGAAUGGGUGAGAUGUUUGGUAAACCAUUUGCAUGCUGGGUUCUGCCAAGCCAAUGUAAACUUUUUGGAUAAUUCGAUUCUUUUUUGACAAACACUGUUUAUUUUUAAUUUUUCCCAGCCAGUAAAAAAUGGUGCUUUUUAGAUGACACACACGGCAAUUCAUGUUUUCAAACCGAUUAUUUUUUGUUCGAUAAAAUAUUUGGAAUGUUGGUGAAUAUAUAUAUGUUUAACAUGUCUGAAAUUGAAUGUUGUAAAGACAUGAUGAAGCUGAGUCCCUUUUAUAUAUUUAACUUUUUUGAGAGAAAAGAAAGGCAGAAGGUUUUUAAGACGCUUUAUUUCGACGAUGUUGCUCUUGUUUGUGAAUACCGGAUUACACAGGAUAAAGGGACAUGAUUUAA